AUGGCGGGGAAGAACAACAAAGAAAGCAGAGGGCAGGGGGGGGAGGUACGAGAGGGUGGGGUGGUGGUGCCUACAAGCAAAGAUCCCGUGAUAGUGGAGGUAUUUUCGGUUGACACCGACGUUUGGAUCGCAGCUCUCCUGGCGUACGCCGUGCAUCCGUCGACUCGUGAUGUGCGUAUCAUCGUGCGACAACAGAGCGGGGUGACCGGUAACACCCAUGCCCAUGGCAUCGACGUCCUGAAGCUUCUCCAAGAUCUAACGGCAAUGCGAAAUUGGCCAUCUUCGUUCACCAACUUGCAGAGGGUGCUUCCGAUAAUCUUCGCAUACGUUCUUAACGGGACUGACUUUACUCCAACGCUCAAUGGCUUGACGACAUCGAGUAUGUUCCAAGCAUACUACGACGCGUUGAAGGAUGGGCAACCACCAUUUUGUUCUACCGCUGGGUUCCGAGCAACGUGAGGGGGGGGUCGAUAUCUGGGGUAGACCUGGUCAAAGAGGAAAUCGGGAAGUUUGCCUCGAUAGCGUACUUUAAAAAACAUCACAAACUCUUUGUGAACGUCCUUCCGGGACGCCAGGCAAGGUCGGAAUACCUGGAAGGGCAGGUCGAUGACGUAGGGCCAUCGGUCCAGGCCAUCAGCGAGCGCACGACCGAACACUGUUUGGGAAGUGGGACAUUAGGCUGCUGCCCCAAAUUACGACGUUAUUAACAACUGCGUGCUACGCAUGGCAUGGGUGGUGGAGUAUUGGCUCUCGAUUGUGCCCGUCCCUUCCGAAAAUGUGUCCGCCAGGUAUCCGAUUAAAAUUCCCGACUGGAACGGCAAGGGGUACAUUGUGAAUCCGGAGUGCGAAGGGGGGGCUUUGCUUGUUGCGUAAAUUGCCGAGGGUGGCCCUCUGGGCGGGUGUAGGAAUUCACAUCGUGUCGUGCAGAUGUUCAUCCGAGAGGGUGAAGGGUCAAUGUAGGGGCUGCGUUUGCAUGCAAAGGGGUGGUCCAGGUCGUUGUUCACAGUUGUGCAAGUGCAACCUUGCAUGCCCUGAGGAACAAAGCACGUUACCCAGGGUGCAGCGAGGGUCUACUCCUGAGGAGGUACUGCCGGACGAUGAUGAUAGUGGCAGCGAGUCCGAGUCUGAUGAAGAUGAAGCAUCGCCAAUGGUGGAACGUUUCGGUGGUUUCGACCAAGAAGGGCAUUCGUCGUUUGGGGUGCACUGCGGUGUGUGUGGAUUCUCCGAAGAAGAUGCGCGAAAGUACGAGGAACAACUCGCCAACGAAGGGUUGGGCGGGGGUACGCAGCAGCGGGUGAUGUUGUCGACCGAUAAUAUGGCAGAGCC